AUGGCACCAAUGACCGCAGUGAGGGCCCUGGGCUUCACCCCUCGGAUGUUUGAGGCCCUGAUCUUGGGAGAUGACAGACACAUGGAAGCGCUCCCCUCGGAGCACAUUGCCACCAUCAAGCGCCACGUUCAUGGCAAUCACAUGGCGGAACACUGGUGCCCGGUGAUCGUGGAGAACGAGCUGGGGCAGCGCUGGGCUCUGCAUCUGGAUCCACUGCUGGUGCGACAGCAUCGAAUCAAGGUGCGACAGGAACUCUUCGACGUCCAAGAGAAACGAGCCCGGAUGCUGCGAAGAAUCAAGGACAUCCGUGCCACUUUGCCCAAGGCACAUCCUGCGGAGUCCAGGGCCUGCUGGGAGAAGGAGCUCCACGAGGCCGAGCAGCGCUUGAGCGAGGAGUGCCUGGUGCGCCAAUUUCCCAACGGCGUGAAACACGUCACGGUCUUUCUGGAGAUCUCGCAGCAGAUGGUGCAACUGGACCUGGUUUGCCGACAUCUGAAGACCGAACUCUGGCCACGCUUGGAACGUGCCGGGGCACAGUCUAUGACGCUGAGCACCUUGGGUACGGGCUCCCGGGCGCGAUGGCGGGACCUGGAGGUGGAGUGCAGCCAGGAAGGGCGACAGCUCUUCGAGGAAUUCCUGGACAAAGUCUGCCAGGAACGACCUGCUGCCGGCGGCCAAGGGAAGGCCAUCUGCAUGGCCAAGAGGUUGAGAAAGGCCAUCGAUGCGGAUGCGCUGCUGGGCCGCGGCGCCGCGCUCUUUGUCUUGUGCUCCGUGCCGGCGGACGCAGCGGAAUGUGAGCAAUUGCUGUGUCGCGGACAGUUCACGCUGCAGAUCACCGGUGUCCUGGGCGCCAGCUGUGAAGAUCCUGAGAUCUGCUACGAGCGCCUCAUCGCUGCCGCGGCACCGGGCAGUGCGUUGCAUCUCUGGUUCGGCGAGGACUACUGGAAGGCCUUCCGCGCAGCAAGAAGGCAGCAGCUGGAAAGCUUAAGCGGCGAUGCGCAGGAUAGCCUGGCCUCGGAUGGUGAGGUGGUCUCAGGCGAAAUGCUCGAGUUGCGCGUGUUGGAACGUUUGAUGCGGGAAUGCUAUGUGGAUGAACAGCGGUGCGAGGAGGAGUUGAAAAUCAUGAGCCAAGUGCUUGCGAAGGAGCUCUGCGAGGCCCACGACGUCAAGGCGGUGCGGCAGAGCCCUCGAGGCUUUGCUCCGGCCGUGGCGGUGUCCAGCAGCAGCCUGCAGCUGGAGCCGGAGAUCGUGCCGCACUCCGUGGGCCUAGGAGAGCUGGCAGACAUCGCGUUCUCUUGGACGGCCAUGGGGGUUAGGCGAUGCUGA